AUGAAUUGUGCAGGCACCGGUCUGUACCUGUCUCUGCGUCGACGGUCUCGCUUCCGGAGCAAAGAUGAGACGUUCCUGGGAAGCCGGACGAUCCACACCCUUCCGCUGGCCCUGUCUAUGGUGGCGUCCAACGUGUCCGCGUCCGGUCUCAUCGCGUUCACCGCGCAUUACUACGUGUACGGCUUCCACACGCUCUGGGCCAUACCGGUCUUUGUGCCGGCCGUGAUGAUGGUCGCCUAUCUCUUCCUGCCCGUCCUGUAUGAGCUCAAGGUCACGUCGGUCUUCGAGUACCUUCGUAUGCGCUACGGAAACGGCGUUGGAGUUGCAUCGUCGGUGAUCUACUUCGUCUUAAGCCAAGCUAUAGGUGUGGCUGGCCUGUACAGUGCUGCGAUUGCCAUUUCUACAGUGCUCGAGGUGUCAACGGUAGUCGCCACAGUCAUAGUUGGCGUCGCUGGAACCGGAUACACUGCGCUGGGCGGGCUCCGCAGUGUAGUUUGGGCCGACUGCGUGCAGACCCUGAUCAUGACGGCCUCGCCUCUGGUAAUCAUCACCAAGAUAGCCUACGAUGCUUCCGGCACAAACGUGUCAGCAUCGAGCCGAGAAAAACUGGACGUCAGGGCUUACAUAUUUCGGACCGACCUCGACCUGACCACCGACGAAACAGUGUGGGCCGCCUCGGUCGCAGCGUUUCCGUACCAGCUCCUGCGACUGGGCCUCGAUCAAAUGAUCACGCAACGCUUCUUGGCGGCGAGGACUCUUCGCGAGGCGAGAGUGGUAACGUUCAUCGGUGCUGGCCUACUCGCCCUCUUCUACGCUCUCGGUGGCUUCACAGCCCUAGCAAUCGUCUUUUGGUUCCGGGGCUGUGACCCGUAUCUUUCCGGAUCCAUAUCUCGAUACGAUCAGAUCGUGCCCUACUACAUCAACAAAAGCGCAAGUGCGGUCGCCGGUGUGCGAGGCUUGUUCCUGGCUGGAGUGGUGAGCGCGUCGAUAAGCACGAUGUCGUCCAUUGUCAACUCCCAGGCAGCCGUGCUGUACGUAGACAUUGUGUCACCGAAAGUACGCGUCUCUGAAAAAACGACUCCAUUCGUUGUAGCUGGCCUCGCUGUGACCAGCGGCACGGUGAUGACCCUUUUUGGACUCGCGGUUCCUUACGCCGGAUCUGCUGCUAGGUUCUGCAUAUCACUCUACUCAUCGGCGUCGGGCCCCUUCGCCGGAAUCAUGAUACUCGCCUUCAUGUUCCCAUGGGCAAACGCAAGGGGCACGGCUACGGCAGCCCUCGCUGUCUUCCUCAUUCAGACAUGGCAGACCACUGGCAGGUUCUUAUCUAGGAUAGAACCGCGUAGGAUGUCAUACAGCGUGGAACAGUGCCCGUUGAACUCUACUGUCCAUGAGACAGAUUCGUCAAGCAGAAACUUCGAAGCAUCGCAGGUGUUCCUUCUGUACCGCCUUUCACCGUACUGGUGCUGCCUGCUGUCAGCCUGUGCGACCGUGCUGCUCGGACUGGUGUUCAGUCUGUUGAUCGCUGGACCAGAUGACAGCCUAAAAAAUGCCGCAAGAUUAUCGACACCAGCAACGUUGAAGUUCUGGCAGCGGAUCGGCCUGCUUCAACAUUUGGAAAAGGAGGCUGCUCAAAUCACAGUCGUUGACCCUUGCUUCAAAGUGUCCCCUUUCGAACUCCAACCCUUGCACGAGAGCCAGGGUGGUCAUCGCGUCCCCGUCGACGCGACGAGAGAGACUGGCGUACUUUACAAGUUCACUCAACUUGCAUCGUGACACACAACGUUCGAUGGAAUUUCCACCGACAGAGCGGUGUUGUCAGUGAGCUAUGGGACACUGACUGGGGACAGCUGCCCGACGUCAUCGCACGACAACCGUUGCCGGCUCCGACAGCUUCUCAUGGCAACGCCGUUUGUGAAAUUGCCGCAGAUGUAUAUAGAUACCUCUUGUCACGCAGUUUUGUCACCCGGAUCAUAUCGACAUCUCACCCCAGUGCGCUGAACUGCAGUUUUAGUUAA